AUGACUCCCAAAUCAGCCGCGCAGGCGGGCAGCAGCCCCUUGUCCCUGCGGCAGCGGGUGGGCAUCACGGUGGGGGUGCUGAGGGCGCUCAAGGCGGUGCAGAGCCACGGGCAGGUGCACGGCGACCUCAAGCCCUCCAACGUGCUGCUCACUGUUGCCUGGGAGGCGCGGGUGGGCGACUGGAGUGCGGUGCGCAUGGGGCAGCGCGUGCACGUGGACAUGGGCGGGCAUCAGGAAGGUUCCUGGACGAGCGGGAGUGGGGAAGGUGGAGGCAGCAAGGGUGGCAGCAGUGGCGAAGCUGGCGGCAGUGGCAGCGCUGGCAGCAGUGGCAAGAGUGGCCACAGUGGGAGUUCGAGCGAGAGCAAGAGGAGUGGCAGCAGCACCAGCAGCAGCAGCAGUGGCAGUGGAGGGUUGAAGCAGCGGAGAGUGUUGCGGUGCACGGAGGGGCAUGUGGAUCCCGCUGUGCUGCACUCUGACAUUGCUUCUGCCAUGUCAGACAUGUUCAGGUGGGACCCACAUGUUCAGUGUGGGAGUGCUGCUGCAACAGCUGCUUAUUUCAUCUCUCCUACCUCACCCUUUCGCCCUCCCUCUGCCCCUUUUCCUCCGCCAGCCAGGCAUCAGAGCACACAACUCACAUUGGAAACCUCUAAGUCUCAAGCUCACAGUGCCCUGCCCCUCCAUCCCCCUUGUCUCCUCCCGCUCUCUUCCUAUUCAUCCUCCUCACCUUCCCCUUCCCUUCUUCCCCUGCCCGCAUCUCCCUCUCCCCGUCCUCCCAACCCUCAGGCCCAGCAGCAUGUGACAGCCGGCAACGUCUCUCCUCUCCUCGACCCCCUCCUCCCACACCCUCCACCCCCUCACUCCCUCCUCCUCCCCCUCUUCCUCCUCGCCCUCUCCUGCACCUCCCCUUCUCCCUCCUCCCGCCCCACUCCCUCUGCGGCCCUCCGAACCCUCAAGCCCCUUCGAGCCUCCCUGCUGCAAGGGGAGCGGACAGGAGAAAGGCUAGAUAGCAGAGAGGGGGACAGCGGAGAGAGACGAGAGGGUGGGGGGCAGAGCAUAGGGAGAUGGAGCGGGCUGUUCUGGGGGAGUGGCACGGGCAUAUGGGAUGGGCAGGGCAGUGGCGGUGCACUGGGCACACGGCUGGCAAUGCUGGGUUCAGAGGAUAGUCGCGAGUUUGUGGUGUAG